AUGUCGCGUGCAUUCGCCCCUCGGUUCGCCCACCAGGCAAAUCAUCCACUAAAACUCUCGGAACUGUCUACUUGCCUGUCAGUACAUUUGCCUACCAAUCCACUCGCCCACCAGCACACCAGUCCACUCGCCCUCCAGUCCACUCGCACACCAGUCCAUUCGCCCUCCAGUCCACCAGCACACCAGUCCACUCGCCCUCUAGUCCACUCGCACACCAGUCCACUCUCCCUCCAGUCCACUCGCACACCAGUCCAUUCGCCCUCCAGUCCACCAGCACACCAGUCCACUCGCCCUCUAGUCCACUCGCACACCAGUACACUCGCACACCAGUCCACUCGCACACCAGUACACUCGCCCUUCAGUUCAUUUGCCCACCAAUCCACUUGCACACCAAUCCACUUGCACACCAAUCCACUCCACAACAGUUCACAUGCCUACAAGUCAACUUGCCCAGUAUUCUUCUCGCCUUCCAAUCAACUCGGCCUAGAGUACACUCAGCCUCCAGUUCACUCACCCUUCAAUACACUCACUCUCAAGUUCACUCGCUCCCUGUACAUUCGCCAUCCAGUUCACUCGCCCCCUAAAUGA